GCGGGGCUGGGACAUUCCUGGUCUGACGAAGAGCCUCGCCGCUGCCAUGAUUUGCUGAGCAGCUCCAGCUCGGCUUCAAAGAUGCGUGCGUGGAGGAGGCAGCGCGGACACGGAGCGCCACAGCCACCGGAGCGACACUAAGUUUACGGCGCCGUCUAGCGCGCGCGGACCCCCGGGAGAACGCCGAGGAGACCUGGAGGGGGGGUGGUAGGAGUCGCACCUUCUGAGAGAAGUCUCCCCCCCACCGCCUCCCACGUUCCUGCCGUCCCCUCGCACUUUGAGCCCGGCUCUCAUGGAGGGGCCCGUUCGGAUUUCCCAGCAGAAUAAUGCGUCUGGCCGCUAAGAGUCCCGACGGUUCUCCGCGGCUGCGCUCCUGCGAGAGAGGUUUUCUGGAGAGACGAGGACGUAGGAACCGGACAGUACGGCUGCUGGCAGGGGUCAAAAAGCACCAUGGACAGGGGCCUGAGGGUCCUCCUGUCUACUGUGCUGUGUCUCAGCAACACCCUGCUCAUCAGCUGCUCAUCUCAGUAUCUGUCUUUCCUCACGGAGCCGUCCUCUCUGGUUCAGGGUCCGGGCUCUACUGUUCGUCUAAAGUGUCUAGUUAGUCCUUCAUCUGCGGCCGUUUCCUGGCGCUUGCAAGGCCUCCCCCUGGAUCAGAACCUGCUGCCUGGUGUGGAGCUCAGACGGGGCUCUCUCAUCAUCUCCUCGCUCACAGCCAGCCACGCCGGCGUCUAUCAGUGCGUGGCACGCUUAGACCACGGGCCGGCCAUCGUCAGCCGCCUGGCUCGUGUGGCCGUAGCAGAAAUAUUGCAAUAUAAUGAUGGCCAACAGAAGCUGCUGUCCGUACAGGAAGGCAGCACAGUCCGAUUAGACUGUCCUCUACCGCACAGCGUCCCUCCAGCCCAUCCCAGACUGAAAGUUCGAGGGAACUGGAUGGAAGCCUCAAAAGGUAAAUAUUUAGUCCUUCCAUCGGGGAGCUUGCAGAUCAUUUCUGUCACAGCACAGGACCGGGGCGUUUACAAAUGUGGUGCCAUCAACCCUGUUACCAAGGAAACGGUCCAGUCUCAUGGGAUAAAGCUGUCAGUCAAGUCUUCGCCGGCAUCUUCCCAGGUGCGCGUCGAGUACCCCACCGCCCCAAAGACGUUUUCCGUGCAGCGGUCGCAGCCGCUGAUGCUGGAGUGUCUCGUGUCUGGAAGUCCGACACCCACAGUCCAAUGGUUCAAGAAUCGCAAGGAGUUCACACUGGAGGCAACUCACAGGCGGCGCCACAACAACCUGGAGUUUCUGGCGCUGGGGAGCGCAGACGAAGGGACGUACGCCUGCGGGGUUGACACCGAGAUGGGGAUUGUGAUGGGAGCCGACUAUACAGUAAAUGUUCUUGAACCCGUCCACAUCUUGGAGAACCUGGUGGACCAGCACCUGCCCGUAGCCUCGUCUGCCCAUUUCACCUGCGUGGCUAAAGGAAACCCCUCCCCAAACAUCACCUGGCUGUUUAAUGCCAAUCCCAUUCCACCGUCGCACCGUUUCCAAAUAUCCGGAUCCUCGCUGGUUGUUACAGACGUGACUUCUCAGGAUCAGGGAAUGUAUCAGUGUUUGCUGGACAACGGGAUUGGCUCAGCUCAGUCACAUGGGAUACUCACAACACAGUUGGAUCCAAAGCUGGGCUCGACAGUCUCCGCCCUCCCCGAGGCUUUGCCGUCACUCCACCCGAUACAGAGCGACGAAGGCCUCGAUCGCUUCGACGAGGACCCGCCGGAUGACAGAGACGACGACCGCCCCACUCCGGAGGCGCCUAUUAUUAUCAGCCCGCCGCAGACCCACAAACCUGAUGUGUACGACCUGGAGUGGAGGGCGGGGCGGGAUGGAGGCAGCGCCAUCAACGCAUACUUUGUGAAAUACAGAAAAGUGGACGAGAUGGGGACGGUGGUGGGGAACUGGCAAACGGUUCGCGUCCCGGGCAGCGAGAAAACCCUGCGGCUCUCUGAGCUGGAGCCCUCCAGCCUCUACGAGGUCCUGAUGGUCUCCCGAAACUCGGCAGGCGAAGGCCAGCCGGCCAUGCUGACGUUCCGCACCGGAAAGGAAAAAAGCACCUCCUCCAGCAAGAACCCCUCCAAGCCUCCUGUCGUCUCCAUGCCACCCAAAGCUCCGGAGGACAGAACCGUCAACACGCACUUCGGAGUGGUGCUGGUCCACCCACACAACAGAGUGCCGGAGGCUCCGGACCGGCCCACCAUCUCCAUGGCGACAGAGAGUUCCGCGUACGUCACCUGGAUCCCGCGGGCAAACGGCGGGUCUCCGAUCACGGCUUUUCGCGUGGAGUACAGGCGCGGCCGCAGUGCGGAGUGGCUGGUGGCGGCAGAUAAUAUCUCCCCUCUGAAGCUGUCGGUGGAAAUCCGGAAUCUGGAGCCGGGCUCCAUCUACAAGUUUCGGGUGGUGGCCAUCAACACGUAUGGCGAGAGUCCCCACAGCAUCCUCUCCAAGCCGUACCAGGUGCCGCACUCCAGUCCCCGCCUGUCCGAGCGGCCCGUAGUCGGACCUCACAUCUCGUCCACGGACGCCAUCAGCGACACGCAAAUCAUGCUGCGCUGGAAACCGUUGGAGCUGCAGAUGGCUGCAGAUAGUUCCCCACAUUUACUGUGCUCAACCUCAGACAGCCUCAUUACUCGCCGGCUUCAGACAGACACGGCAAUCAAGGAUCAGUAUAGCCCCUCCAGUAACAACAACACCCCCAUCCAGGGCUUCUACAUCUACUACCGGCCCACAGACAGCGACAACGACAGCGACUACAAGCGGGACGUGGUGGAAGGUGCAAAGAACUGGCACAUGAUCGGGCACCUGCAACCGGAGACCUCCUACGACAUCAAGAUGCAGUGCUUCAACGACGGCGGGCAGAGCGAGUACAGCAACGUCAUGAUCUGCGAGACCAGAGCGCGUCAGACGCCGGGGUCACCCAGCCAGCACCCCGUCACCCCCCCAGACCCACACCUGCCGGAGCCCCCGAGCCCCCCGGGAGGACUGCUGUACUUGAUCGUGGGCUGCGUCCUGGGAGUGAUGGUGCUCAUCCUGCUGGCUUUCAUCGCCAUGUGUCUGUGGAGGAACCGGCAGCAGAACAGCAUGCACAAGUACGACCCCUCCAGUUACCCCCCCAGCAUGUACCAGACGUCAGACAUGAACGGCCACGUUCUGGAGUACACCGCUCUGACGCCAGAUGCUGCCCACAUCAACGGCGGCAUCCACGGCGGCUACGGACAGAUGCUGCCCCAGGGGUGCCACCACCUCCACCACAAGCUCCCCGACGGCCUGGCACUGCUCAACGGCUCCGGCGGCUUGUUCUCUCCAGGCCUUCCGCACGGACACGACGGCGCUCGAGACUGUGCGCAUUCGCACCCCCACCACCUCUUAAACGGUGGGGGCGUGUACACCGCUCUUUCUCAGGCGGAGUCUUCGGACUGCAUGAGCUGCCAGAACCUCUGCAACAACAACAGUAGAUGCUACAACAAGACCAACGGCACUUUCCCCAGCGGCACUCUGCCUCUGAUGCACCGCGCCGCGCCCUGCCAGCAGGACGGGCUGGAGAUGGUUCCUCUGGGUCAGGCUUUGCCACCGCGCCACGGCCCUGACCACGAGCACGACGAAGGAGGCGGUAACCACGGGGAGUCCCCGCCCUCGCAGCAUUCCUGCUGUCCUAACACUGAGGACACGACGAGCGACGGCUCGGCAGCGGACGAGCCCGAGUGCGUGGACGUGGAGGGGCCGGUGGUGUGCUGGGAGAGCCUGGGCCUGCCAGACUUGGACUGUGACGUGAAGCCCGUCUGGAUCUCCGGCAGCGGUCUGGCGGCGGGGGAGCUGAUCCAGCCCGGCCCACGGGAGGCCUGAACCCCUCGAGAGGAUUUGGCGUCAGAGACACUGUGUGAUACGGCCACGGCCACAGAGACCGGGGAUGUGAGAGAGACACAAAAACAAAAAACGGCAUCCCAUCGGAGGAAAGACUCACAAAACGUUUUAGAUGACCUAUUUAUUUUUUGUAGUAGUAAAGUAUUAUUUCAUAUGAAUGUAUCUGUUAAAAGAAAAAAAGUUUGUCUUUUAUAAUAUUUAUGCCUUUUGGAUGAGAAAUACUUUUUAUUUUUGGCAGUUUUGUCCCUCUGUGUUCCACUACAGCGUGAAGAUUAGCAACUGUCUGUGUAAAGUUUUGUAAUAAUAUAAAAAGAAGAUAUGGAAGGGUCAACCAGAGCCCCCCCCUCCUGCUCCUU